GAAAGUACGUACGCUACAAACGUAGACCGCGGAGACAUAGACGUUUUGAGGGGCUGAAGAAAGAGUACGUUGGCAUAGAGAAUUCCUCCUUUCUUAACGGGUCGGCGUUAACAACACGACUGCGCUGCUUUAGCUACGACAGGCCUCGUUCGGUUCGUGUUCUGUACGUGUGAAUUGUAGCGGUGUAACAAGGAUCCAAGAAUGGUCAGAGUUGAACUGGGUCGGGUGGUGAUGAGGAGGAUGGAGGAAGAUGACGUAGAGGUCGUCAAAGCCCUCAUCAAGGAGGGCUGUGAGGGAACGGAGAAUCGCCUCAUCCUCCACAUCCUCACCCGGCCGCUCUGCCUCUUCAUGUUGGCCGUCCUCUCCUCACUUCUACGCUGCCUCGUCCACUCUUUCAUUCUGGCCCUCGCCAUUCCUGUCUUCCUGCUAACUGUCUAUCUGAAAAUCACCACGCCACGCUCCACGGGCGUUCUGGGCAGCCAUCGUCCGUACUGGGACUACGUGGGCAGCAGUCACCGGGGGACGCGGAAAGACACGCUGCCCAACCCCCACGCUAGGAGCAGCAGCCAAAGUCUCCCAACAAACAGAUCCAAAAACAAAGCAGCAUCCAAAGACAAGGACAGAGAGAGGUCAGCAGAGAAGGUCUCCCCAGAGAGGGAACAGGCAGCUGGUCAGGUUUGGGUGGCCGAGUGCGAGGGGGAGAUUCUGGGCUGCAUCUUCAAGGAGAGUGACCAGCGAGCGGGCACCAGGAGGAUCUGCAGGUUGGUGACGGGCUCCUGGUAUCGCAGGGAGGGUCUCGGUCGCCUCCUGGUCCAGGGUCUGGAGCACAGAGAGAGGGAAACUGGGGCACGCAGGAUCUAUGCCCAUGUACCCUACCCCUCCAAGGUGGGGGAGGUCUUCUUCAGGAAACUGGGCUACCAGCUGCUGGGGGAGAGGACUGGGGAGGGGGAGGGGGAGGAGGAGGAGGAGGAGGAGGAGGAGGAGCGGGAGCUGGAGCUGGAGUCUCCAGAGCGAGGUUUCCUUGGACACGCAGUCACAAAAGUCUUCUUCAAAGAUCUGAGCGACAGAAAAGUCAAGUGAAAGUUAGUGUGUGUGUGUGUGUGUGUGUGUGUGUGUCAGCUGUGACCUUUGGUGUUUGUUACAUUAUUUAUUAUCUGUUCAUGUGUUUCCUGGAUUUUUCUGUAUUUUUGUUGUUUUUCAAUGAUGAAAAUAUUUAUUGUAUUUAAAUGUUUCACAACUGGUUAAAAAUAUUAGAAUCAGUGCUGGAUAUCCAUCAAUAUUUUAAAAUACCAGUACUUUUUUCAGUGAAAAAUGUUUUGA